CGCGCCAUCUUCGAUCGCGCCUCUUCUUAGAAGAGCGCUGCGAGGAGAAGGUUCCACGAACAUUGCGCCAGUCCAAAUCCGAUACCACAGGAACCGUUGCAGCAGAUCCAUCCCUCACAUUUGAUGUGAUGAAGUACAUCCAAAAGACGCGAGAAGCUAGGAAGGCCUUCCAAUCGAUAUCCUUGGACCACAGCACGGCACCGAAGCCUACACAUGAGCACAAGCUUCACACCCACCCACUCUUCAAACGUAACACUUCACGGCCUCCCGCACCUACGCCGGACCUUCUAACAAGAUCAUCGACGCUGAGCCUGCGGGGCAAACGAAGAGAUCACGGGCCGAAAGCUGUGGUUGAUAAAUCGCCCCUUGGCGACCGCCAGAAACCAUAUUUGAUGGAGCUUCUGCCUGACAUUUCAGAAAGAAAGGCAACGAACACCGAUGGAAUUCCUCAAAGGCCUACAUCGGUAGAGAGUGUCUUCUUCCGCUCACUAUACAACAUGCUCGAAGAUCAGAGCAUCCAACAUCUGAUUUCGUGGUCGAGCACAAACGAUGCUUUCGUUCUCUCUCCAUCGAGUGAAUUCGCCAAGGCUCUGCUUUCGCACUUCCACCACACCAGCAUUUCUUCGUUCAUCAGACAGUUGAACAUGUAUGGCUUCCAUAAAAGAGAUGGUCCAGGUGCUGCGCUCGCAGCAAUCGAAUCCCAGCAGUGCAAAGAAGAUGAUUUACGUGAAGUAGAUCCAGAGACACUUCAAAGCCGCCGGGAAGUUUCAUCCCCGGAGGAAUACGCCUUGCCAAAUCUCGGCAGCCUAAUUGCGGGAUGGCAAGCAACUCUCCCUCAUAAUCAAGCAGAAAGGGAUUCUGGCUUCCACGAGGGCGAUAUGGUCGAUGUACCACAGUCUUGGACCCGCGGAAUUGAGGGUGACGAUAUCGAUUCGACUGAUGAUCUGCACUCAGCACGCUCAUCGGGAUCGUCUCCCAUCGGCAACCCCAAGCUGCCAGCGACGGUGGAAAAUGCAAUUCAAAGAUUAAUCCUACCCGAGCUGAUUGUCCUAAAUGACGAGCAGCGGAUACAUGGGGAUCAUUCCGUGAUAGACAACACUGAGGAAAACGUCGUGGAGAGCCGGCAGACAGCCAUGGGAGCGCAGCCUAUCGUGGACCAUGAUCAACUGCGUCAAAACUCAAAUACCCGAAAUUCCCAAAAUCACAGAACUGAAGUACCGAGUGGGUCAGCUUCUAUACUAAACGGAAUUUACGAGCGAGCUUUGGUAGGCAAAGCAACUUCCAGUGAGAGCAGCAAAGUAGGCGCAGUAGCCAACAGUGGCAAUAGUUCCCCUCCGCAAAGUCAUCCCAGUCCACUCAGGCACCUCCGUCAGUCCCCAUUCCGCUUUGAUCAGAUCUUAAGGUCUUUUUCCGCACAUAAUGCGAACGGGAGUCGAGAGAGCUUGUUGAGCAGCCAUGAUGAAUCCGAAUGUGCCUCCGACACCUCCUCGGCGUCUCACCGCGAUGUUGACAUUCAUAACGCCCUAGAUUCGGCAAUGAGCGUAGUGAAAGGUGUAAUGCUCCAGAAGUUGGUUGGGCAAGCUCUGUCUGAAGCUACGGAGAUGAGCGGAGCUUCAAAUAGGGCUUCUGGAGAUGCGAACGCCUUUGAGUCCUUUCAGCCUUCGCGAUCCACUACAACCAAUAAUGGCGGCAAGCGAGCCCGAGGUGGAGGACGUGAUCCUGACGACGAAGGAGACGACGACUCAGACCAAGAAGACGAUAAUCGACCCAGAAAGAAAGGUCCAACCCAAAGGAUUCCUCAACGGAGACUAAAAUGCCCCUUUUAUUUGCGCCAACCAGAAAAGUACACCAAGGCAGCUUGCCGGGGUGAAGGUUUUGCCGAGAUGGGGAAGCUCAAGGACCAUUUAAAGCGUGUGCACAUGCACCCUUUGCGUUGCCACAGAUGCCACGAAGAGAUGUCCGAAGAAGAGCUGGAAGCGCAUAUGAUCAUGGAUAAUGCAUGUGCAAUAAGGCCAGCACCCCAGGACGAUCGCAUCGCGCCUCAGAAACUCUGGAGGCUAGACUUCAAAAGAGCACCGUUCGUGAAUGCCAGAAGUACGGAGGAGAAGUGGAAGAUGCUGUACAAGAUGCUGUUCCCUGCGGACGCAGAGGAAACCAUCCCUUCGCCUUAUACCCGCAACGCACUGUCCCCAGACCUUGCUCGCGCUCUUUCAGAAGCGCUCGAAGAGGAGCUCAACAAAGAGCUCGCACUGUUCAUGGAGCCGGUCAUUAGUCGAAUCAAGGAGCGCAUACCUGCUAUCAUUGAACGUUGUCGGACGACUCUGGCUACACGAGCCAUUAAUACAAUCGAAGAGACCAACGCGAAGACUCCUUUACCGGAAACAAGUCAGAGUCCACUUGUUACGAACCAAUCAGGGAGGCUACGAGAGAAGUUGAACUCUUCGGCUCAAAUACUCAAUGAUGGUUCCAGGCUGUACUCACAGCCGAGGUUGAGAGUUAGGGCAGUGAGAAGGAGACAACCACAAUAUUCGCCAGUUCCUCAGAUGACGCCGUCCAGAAGCAGUGAAGGAAGUGAAGAGACAUCAACAGUUUCUGCGUCGGCCAGUACAGACAAUAUCGCUCAUAUGAAUACUUUGAGAAGUAUACAAUACCCUGAGUCCAGCGCAAACAUCACUGGCGUAGGCGAUUGGAAUACAUACGACUCUAUUUCCGCUCCAAUGCAACCUGGUCCGGACACAACUAUACUGGGCUUCGGCGUUCCACCGCUCUAUCCGCCCUGCCAAGGGGUUGAGGAGCAAAAUCCUGCGUCGCGUCCGUACCACAACAAUCCAUAUCUCUAUGGCGGUGCUGCUUUUGGUGACAAUGGCGUGCAGGAUUGGAGCACCAUGGCAAACAUGGACAGGAAAAGCUUGCAAGCAUACCCGCCUGCUCCAGAACAGCUGCUUAACGAAGAUUAUCUCUCGAUGCAGUGCACACACUGGCAAGUUCCACCGCACGAUCAUCUCCCAUGACGGGGGCCUGGUCGAAGGUGAAGUGGAUGAUGUGACGUCUAUAGCUCGGUUUCAUUAAACAAUACAUAAUAUAC